AGCUACAGCUGGAUGGAAUCUUUUUUUCAGCCGACACAGUGAGAAAAAGUAACACUCACAACGUAUAACAACCGAAAGUAACGCCGACAUGGAGCAAUAAUGCUCUCACACAUUCAACAAGUAAACGAAGCAGUGGAAUUUUCUUCUGCCAAAGUGGAAUAACCCACAAUCCACAAGAGACGGCUCAGCAGACAGGCGCACAGAGACGACCACAGAGGCAACAUGUCUACAAGUAACAUCAGUCUGCCCUUCAAGCGGGACAGCAAGGGCAGUUUCUUCAAGCUCAUCGACUCAUUUGCCUGGGAGAUCGGCACUCUGAAGAAGGUGAUGGGGAAAAACACGGAGCCUGUGGGAGGAGAUCAGAAGACAGAAACACUUGUGGGACUGGGGGAAGAAGUGGGAGGCCUCUUCCUGCAGGCCUCACCUUGUGCUGGCAUUGGUGGAGGGCUGGCCGGUGCCAGAGACUCUGGCUAUGACUCGCUUCACCGACGCCUCAGUGUCCUGGACAGACUGGUGCAUACCCACACUGUGUGGCUACAGCUGGGCCUUAGCCACAAGGAAGCCAUGCACAUACUGCAGAACGAGCCAGCUGGGACAUUUGUGGUGAGGAAAUCAGCCAGCCUGCAGAAAAAAGUCAUAUCUCUACGCAUGGAUAAAGACUCGAGCGUUCCUGUCAAAGAUUUCCCCGUAAAGGAGAGCCAGUACACUUUCUCUCUAGAGGGAUCAGGACUGAGUUUUGCAGACCUUUUCCACCUCAUGGCCUUCUGCUGCAUCAGCAGGGAUGUGUUGCCAUUUACUCUGAAGCUCCCAGAGGCCAUCGCUUCAGCCAGAACUUUUUCUGAUCUUGAGGAAGUUGCUAAGCUUGGUGCAGGCUUCUGGGAUGUUCCAUUGUGCAGCAGGAGGAAGAGCUCAGUGUCGUUGACGGGGACAGCAGCUCCCGACAGACCACCCCCACCUGCCCACAGACCAGUGUCCUCAACAGCUACCUCAGGACGCCCUCGGCUUCAAACUCGCACCCCAUCUGAGCUUGAGUGUUGCCAAGCCAAUGGAGCACUGUGCUUCAUCAACCCCCUCUUCCUAAAGGUCCACCAGCCAGAUGAUAAUCAGAGCUUCGCUCCCAACAUCCCCGACACAGGAAAGCAGGACCUGAGAGAGGAAGCUGACAAAAGAAAAGGCAGCAGUAAGGAAGCUCAGGGCUCGUGUGCCAACGAUCUCCAGGUUUGCAGCUCAGAUCACAGCCACAGCAGCCAGUCACAGCAAGAAAACCUGCAGAACCCUGACAGAAACACAGAGCUACACACCAGCACAAGUCACAAACUCAGCGGGCCAGAAAGUGUGACACGAUUUCCACCACCUCGGCCACCUCCACCUCGCUUUACAGCACAGCAAACAGCCCCUCCUAUUCGGCAGCGCAGCAUGCCCGAAAAGAUCUCCUGGAUCAAGGAGAAGGUGGAGGAGAGGGAGCGAGGCAGCAGCCUCCUUUCUCGCCUUGGCUCCUCGCUAAGUAUCAGCCCCUCAUCCUCUCCGCCUAAGAGACUUAGCAUCAGCUCACCUAUAUCCAUCCCCCGGCCAUCACUGCCCCUCUCUCUGCCAUCUCUGUCCUCAUCUCCACGUCGAACCAAAGCCUCACCAACAUCCAGUCUAGAGGACGCUCAGUGUCACCGAGCUCUGGAGGACGACACCAUUGAGAAGGCCCUAAUCAGAGCCAAACUAUCCCGGCAAAAGGCUCUACUCUGCUCCCAGAACUCGUGCAGUCCCCCAGACUCCACCGUGGUGACAGCAGUCGAGCAUGGAGAAGUGGGCGGAGGAGAGGAAGAAGCACUUGACGAAUGCAGCGGGGGCAGCCAGCGGCUCAGUGACAUGAGCCUCUCCACAGACUCGUCAGACUCGCUGGAUUUCUCUCAGUCCUCAGCUUUCUUUAUGCCUCCUAUGCAUGACCCCAGCCCCCCCACUGAGGCUGACUUCAACACCCACCUCCCCCUCUCCAUCCCACCGUCCCACCUAGGUUUCUGCAGUAUGGAGGAUGAUGACGACGAUGAGGAUGAAGAUGACGAAGAGGAACCCGACUAUGGCGUCAGCCUGGAGAGCGAUCAGGACCAAGACCAGGACCUGACCAUGGUGCCACCUGGACACCGCACAAAGCGUCGCCCCAGUGCCAGUGCCCUGGUCCUCCAGAAGGCCCUGCGAGGCCAUUUGCGCAAAGUGAGCGGCGUUUUCAACUCGCUGCUCACACCUGAGAAGAGGGCGAUCCGUAAAGUGGUAGAGCUGUCCAGAGAUAAGAGCUCGUACUUCGGCUCCUUGGUGCAGGACUAUCUGAGCUACAUGGGCGAGGGUGCGGGCACCCAGGCAUGGCAGGGAUACGACUCUGGACUGGAGCUGCUGCAGACUCUCCGGCAGUUUACCACACAGAUGAAGAGCUACCUUCGACAGAGCUCCGAGAUGGAGCCGCCCAUCGAGAGCCUGAUCCCAGAAGACCAGAUCGACCAAGUCCUGGAGAAAGCAAUGCAUAAGUGUGUCCUGAAGCCCCUCAAGGCCGUAGUGAGCAGCGCCCUGCAGGAAUUCCAGAUACGCAGUGGGGAGUGGCAGGAGCUGAAGGAGAACCUGUCCCAGGCCAAGGCCAGGCAGCCACAGGAAAUGGGCGUGGCCGAUGCGCAGCCCCCGGACACAGUGGCCAUAGAAAAGAUCAAACACAAGUUCCACACCAUGUGUAAACUGUACUCUCCAGAGAAGAAGGUCAGCAUGCUGCUCAGAGUCUGCAAACUGAUCUACACCAUAAUGGAGGACAACUCAGGUCGUCUGUAUGGUGCUGAUGACUUCCUGCCCAUGCUGACCUAUGUGUUGGCCCAGUGUGACAUGCCUCAGCUGGACAAUGAGAUACUCUACAUGAUGGAGCUGCUGGACCCCUCACUGCUGCAUGGAGAAGGUGGCUACUACCUGACCAGUGCGUAUGGAGCCAUGUCUCUGAUCAAGAACUUCCAGGAGGAGCAAGCAGCCAGAGUGCUGAGCUCUGAGACCAGAAACACACUCCACCAGUGGCACCGCCGCCGCACCACCCAGCGCUCUGCACCAUCCAUCGAUGACUUCCAGAACUACCUGCGGGUUGCUUUGCAGGAGCUGGACAGCGGCUGCACAGCCAAGACCCUGCAGGUGCGACCUUAUGCCACCGUGGAGGAGGUGUGCCAGCUGUGCGCCCGCAAGUUCAAAGUGUCUGACCCCGAAAACUACGGCCUGUUCCUGUUGAUGGAGGACAGCAGCCAGCAGCUGGCCCCAGACACCCACCCUCAAAAGAUAAAGGCUGAGCUGCACAGCCGCCCGCAAGCCGCUCCCUUCUACUUCGUCUUCCGUCGCGUGGCCAGCAGCAGCACCGCCCAGCUAUCUGCUCCCCUUCAUGUGGCGCCCAACCUCAACGACCUCACCGUGACCUCUGACACAAAGGCCAACCUGAACGACCUCAGCACGGACCUGUCGACUGACUCCCCCAAACCCAGAGUCAGCUUAGGCCUGAGCCUGCCACCGAGCCACCUCAGCAGCUCCAUCUCUGUGUGACUGUAGCAGCGAGCAGAAGCCUGAACAAGCUCUUUGUCUGCCGCAGUGUCACCCAUAACUCCAGUAAACAAAAACAUGUUGAGACACAUGAGCUGGGCUCAGCGCUGUGGCGUGCCAGUCUUUACAAAGCCGGACUUCUCCUUUCUUAGUCUAAGGAAGGUUCUGUCUGACAGGCCAGGCUGAAAGAGGAAAGGAAAUGAAAGACAUGCCGUUAUUUGUCUUCCUGCUCUGGAUUUCUUAUCAGGGUGACUCUGUGGUAAACAGCUCUGUCAGUUGCUGUUUCCACCUCCUGAUGGAGGGAAUCUGAGCUCAGACACAUGGGACUCAUCUUCAGUCAGUUCCUUUAAGUAUACAGAUAGAUGUAGGUUAUAUAUGUCAUUUAAGUUUACUUCUCACAGUUGCUGGUAAACUGUAACCUUAUUGUUUGAAUUUUAAAAAGAUAAUCCUUCAGAUUGUUGAUUUGUGUGGAUUUAGCAGCACCUGGUGGUGACUGAUGCACAAAGCCAUUUAAAAAAAAGAGAAUGAAGCCACUUCUAAUACAACAACAAACAAAACAAUGUUAUUAAUAAUAAUAAAAACCCAGCAUGCAAUAUGCUGGACAGUCUGAUUUCUUUAUUAAAAAAGAGAAAAAAUUCUAGUGGUUUCAUGGUAAAUGUGCUAUUUUUAAUAAUGAUUAUUACUAACAAAAUAUAUAUAAUAGGUAUAAGGUUAUAAUGAUUCACUCAUUCUUAAAAAGCAUAUGAAAAAAAAAGAAAUUGAAUGUAAUAAAAUAUAAACAGAGCUGAUGUCCCAAGCAUUUGGACCAAACCAUGACCUGGCUAGCCACCAUUAUUUAGGUGCAGCAGCUACAGAGGUGUGAGCAGACCCCCACUUUUCUCACUCAAAUGACUUCACACUACAUCUAAACAAACUUGGAUUUAAAAGAUACAAAGAUUGGUGGGAUUCCCCUUUAACAGAAUGCAGAAAUUCAAGAGACGCUGUUUUUUUGUUGUUUUGUCAUUUUUAUGUUCCAUAGUUGUCCCCACCAUCUGCUGGAUUUAAAGGGAAUUGUUGAUGCUCACGUAGAAUGAGAUGUGUCAGCGUGAUCAGAUAAUCUGAAGGAUUAACUUUGCAAAAAAUAGCUCAUGCAUGUAGUUUGUGUUUAAUGUUAGAAAAGGCAGGUGUUGCCAGUGUUUGUGUAUUUACUGACAGUAUCCUGGUGAUAUGAACGAGGCUCUUUCAGACCCGAGAGAUGUUGCUGGUUAUCGUUUCAGACCGUAGGGGUGGAACAGUUCUCCAAAGCUGUGGUUUCCCUUCAUACCUCGGUUUUCGUUAGAGGAGAAGAAAAAGAUUUUACUUGACCCUGACUGCAUUAUGAACAAAACGGAUUCACUCGUUACCUGAAUGGUCUGUAAAUAGUAACCUGGCAUUGACAGCUUCAUAUCGCAGUCCAGGGAGACACGACCAUGGUGUGACACUGUGGAUGUUUGUGUUACAGUUUCUGAAUUGUUCCACUCCUAUGAGAGUGAUAUGUGACAGAUCCUGUGGCCGGCUGCCCCGUCUCUGUACUACUGACAAAGGCCUUUAACCCGGGUGGUAAGAACAUGUAUGAAGACACUGUGUGGACAUCUAAGCUGGUCUGAGGUCCCACAGUCACACACGUUGAAAGGAAGGUGUAGAGGGUACCAUGAUGAUGGAGGGGAAAGUUCUGAGAAGGACCUGGAGUACAGAUCUACGUUAGCGUUGAUUUUGGUGCCGUUGAUCCAAAUGCUUAAAUUAUAAGGUUUCAGGUAAUCAGCAUAUAAAUAUAUAUACAUUUACCAGUGUCAGUGUCCAUUGUUUAUCUGCCUGAAGUGCUGAAAGACUCUGAAACAGUCAUUUUAAAUUCCAGAUUUCGUUGUUUCCCUUGGCACAAAAUAGAAAAAGAGCAGUAAAAAUAAAACGAACAAAGGAAUGAAAAUAUGAAAUCAGCUAUAGGCCAAAUAAUUAUAAACAUCAGCGUCAGCCCAAAAUUUCACAAUCAGCACAUCUCGAGUUUGAACAAUUGGAAAAGCUGAUGAAAAAGAUGCUCAUGUAGUGAAUGAACUGAAGUGCAGUGCUCUGUUCAGUCCUGUUUUACGCAGGAUGAAGUGUAACAGAGCUGAAACAGGGAAGUGAAAGUGUUGUUGAGUAGCAUUAAACUUGUACAGAGCCCAUCGUGCAGACCUCUGUGGGCCAAGUGUUCAGCGUCUGAAUUUAUACAUACUGCCAUGUUCCUCUAACAUUCUUUGAGUAUUUAUACGUCUCUGUGCGGGGAUUUUUCACAGAUGGCUUUUCAAUGUUAAAAAUGUUCUUCAUGGUGUCAAAAUAUCUUUAGUAUCCAGGAGACAUCCUGCUUAUCAUCCAUGUCAUUGAACAAUAUCAGAAAUAUUGUUUUUGCACUCAAUAA